AUCUGCUGAGUCACUUUGGAUAUCAGUUACACUUUGGCUACCCAGAGCACUCUGAACUGUAACCCUCACUUGAAAACAAGUUGUUCGUUUGGAAAGACUGAACUCUGCGAGCUGUAGAAUAGACAAUGGGCGUUGUCGCGAAGGUGUGGAAAGUACGGGGACCUCUACUGGGCCAUGUGAGCAAAGAUGAUUUCACCUUCCACGAGGAAACCUUGCCGGACCCAAAGGAUGGAGAGUUUCUCGCAGAAGCCGUCUACCUGACCGUUGACCCAUAUAUGAAAGGGUUUGGAUUUCAACAUAAGAGCGGAGAAGUGAUGUCAUCGAUAUAUGGUGAGAUGGAGCUGGCUAACCAAGUUGCCAGAGUCAUAGAGAGUAAGAAUGAGAACUUUCCAGUUGGAACCCUCGUACUUAACUCACAAGGAUGGAGAACUCAUUUCGUCAGCGACGGAACCUUCGCGAGCAUCGUACUGGACUUCGGAGACCUGUCACCAUCACAUGCCCUCGGUGCAUUGGGAAUGCCAGGGCUGACAGCAUAUUGUUCUCUAAUGGUUGUUUGCCAACUAAAAGUGGGAGAGGUUGUGGUCGUUAACGCAGCUGCAGGAGCUGUUGGUAAUCUCAUAGUUCAAAUUGGCAAAGCUGUGGGCUGCAAAAUGAUAGCAUACGCGGGGACCGAUGAGAAAUGUGCCUGGUUAAAGGAACUCGGAGCUGAUUACGUCUACAACUACAAGAAAAAAAACCUUGCGGACACUUUGAAAGAGGCUGCUCCAGAGGGCGUGGACUGCUUCAUUGAUCACGUUGGAGGCACCACUUUCGCCACCGUCCUGAAAACUGUACGUAAGGGUGGCCGCAUCUGCAUCGUUGGUGAAAUAUCGCAGUACAACAAGACCCCGGAGCAAAGGGACAGAAUCGACUUCAACAGCAAUAACAUUAUCGCUAAUGAAAUCAACAUCAAAGGCUUUGUCUCAUCCAGUUACCAGCAAAGAGCAGGUGAGGUAGUUGCACAAAUGCUAAAGUGGAACAAGGAGGGCAAGGUGAAGUUCCGUGAAAGAAUAGUGGACGGAUUUGAGAACAUGGUUGAUGCGUUCCUCAGUCUCUUCACGGGUCAAGAUAAUUUCGGCAAGGUCAUCAUCAAGGUUUAGGAAGGAAUGGCCAGGCUGAUAUGCGAUGGUGCGCACAAAAAAUUAAUGCUCAAUCAUCUUUUUUACCACGAAAUUUAAAAUAUGGCACGUUGUGUUUCACGCGGUGGCUAUUCAUAUGUGACGGUAAUGCAAAUCCGGCAGGAAUCACGUGGAUUUCGGGAACACCCGGCCAUCUUUGAAAUUUCGGACUUGGGUAUCGCAAUUUCUUAUGAAAUUUCCAUGACGUUUGCAUGGUUGGUGAGCCGAACGCGAAGUCAACACGUCACUAAAUUUAACUUUUGGGGUAACUGGCAUUGUGUCUUGUAAAUCUAGAUGGACCUGUGUGAUCAUGAUGGGAGGUACUAGCAUGGAGGAACUUUCCUGGUACAAGCAAGUAUGGAUUAAAUGUAUACUUGCUACUACAUGUACCAGGUAGUCAAUUUAAUUGGAAAUAAAACUAAUCUGAUUGAGAA